AUCGCACAACCUCAAUACCGUGCGUGGCUUGCCUGGUAUGUGAUUAUUUUAAACGGGUUUCGAUUAAUUAAUGUUUUAAUAAUUUUUUUCAGAGGAACAAUCACCAGUGAAGGUACCUAUUGGGCCCUUAAACGAGGGAGCACCCACGUUUUCUUUCCCCCUAACGCUGUGUCUCAGCCCACAUUAAUAGUGGCCCACAGGUGGAAAUGCAGUGCACGUUCUCCCCCACUGCAAGAGCACGAGUCAGUUGUCAGUAAUGUUAUUGAGAUAUCAACCAAAACUGGCGAUGAACUGAAAUUCGACGCCAAAGCGAAGCUUGUUCUUUCUCACAGUGCGCCUGAUUUGCAGGGCUACGAACUAGUGAUAAAGAAGCUGAUCGAUUGGAAAAGCAAUGAAUGGGAAGAGGUGGAUGGAACUAAGGCAUUACAGUGUCUUAAAGGUUUGGAAACUGAUGCUUUUUGAAGAGCAGCCUACCCAUAGUAUUUACCCACUGUUUAAAGUAUAUCUUCACCUGUGAAAUGCUGUCUGUUCAAUGUUUUACGUUUACUGCACGCAGUUUGUAUAUUUACAGAAAUCACAAUGGCUUAUAGUCUUUCCACUCUGAAUUGUUUACAGCGGUCGAAGAGGACUUCCCGCCUCACCCGCGGGAUGUACCGGAAUUUUUCUUUCCCGUUGCUCAAGCUGACAUAACUGAGUGCUCAACAUACGCAGUUGUUUGUCGUCUCAAGCCUUCUCCAGCGUACGCCAUCACAUCUAGUGGUGGCUCCUUUAGCCAUCCUGACUAUCCACGCGUGACAGUUACAAUCCCUGAGAAUGCUGUGAUACCUGAAGCAAAGAUUCCUCUGGUAUUGAAGGUAGGACGGUAUGCAUUAUCUCGAGAUCUUUUCUUGCUGUGGUUACAUGACCAGUUAAUGUUUCUAGGGAUAACUCUUACCAGGUCUCCAAACUCGACAGAAAUGUAACAAUACAGCAGACGUUAGAUGAGUGAAAUUAGGCUCGUAAAAAGUGUUUUUGUCAUGUGGAGACUAUUGCGUUGUCAGAUAGAUAAGGUUUUGCUAUAGUCUCCACCGGAUAUGGUGUUCCUUGCGAAAAUGGUCUCUUUUUUCCUCUAAAACUCGAAAAAAUGGCAGCAAAUCUGACAGUAAGUUCAGGUUAAUUUAGUUGUGUUUUCUAUUAUCCCUUUAGGUGCAAGAAGUUCCAGGUGAAGAAUUUAAAGACCAAGACGUGUUUCUUGGACCAAUACUGCGUGUCAGCUGUUCCCAAAUCGUCGAAUUCUCGAAGCCCGUCACAAUUCAGUUGCCAGUGUCUCUUCGCAGCGACCAGGAAAGGAUUCCAGUCCCCUCGACAUGCCGUGUCAGAGUAUUGUUCUUAAAUUCUGAUGACGAAGAAAAAAAAUGGAUCGAAAUUACAGAUGGUCUUAAAUGUCCUGUACAUUUUGACGGGACAUUUGUUAGGUUCCAGGUAGAACGCUUUUCUGGGUAAGAAGACAUCCAAAUGUUGUAGUUGUUUUGUUGUUAAUGAAUUGGAGGUAAACUGAACUUUUGGUUAUGCUAACGCAAGUUAGCAUACAUUGAAACUGUUGGAAUACUAAGCUACUAUGAGCUACUAUGACCUUAUUGUUACUCUUUUUAACCUUUUAAAAUUCUGAUAAUACUUAUUUUUUGCAUAGCUUUUAUACUGUAUAGCUAAUGUGUGCUUUUAGUUUGUAGUUUUGUGUGUACUACUUAGUAAUAUUUUUCUCUCGCUAAAUUAAGUUUGAGUCAACUGAUUAACCGCCUUAGUGUAUCCUCAUAGUUUUAAAGUGGUAUUUAAGUAAUGGAGAUAUCAACUAGCGUCUUUUAGCUGUGCAAUUCAAAGUCAAAAUCAUUCUGUCUGCAAAAGUAAUUCAAAUUCCGCUCUAUGUCUCUUUUAGAUACACUUGCGUUUUUGAAUGGUACAAAGAGGACUUCAGCCUUUCUGGAGUAAUAACAUACUUGACAAGCCUUAUUUGGAAGCAGCCAUUACUUGGCGUUUUCUUCUCCUAUUUCAAUGAAUUAGAUCGUGCUUAUUCUCAAGAUGUUCUCCAUCUUAUAUGCUGCCCAGCGCACAUGAGAGAAAGAGUAGUCCAAGAGCUAGAAAACGCAAACGUGGUUCCAAGUGAGGAAAAUUCACGGAAAAAGCUGAUACCGGGGUAUGACAAAGCAUUCGUGUUUGUAUCAGGAGGAAUAACCCCAGCUGAAAUAGAAGACAUGGAAGAUUUCCAUCUCAUGUAUGUACAGGCGCUGCUACACAAGGCAGGUUUUUGA